AUGAAACCCUUGUCGUCUUCCUCAACUUGUACAACAACAAGAAAACCAUUACGGGAGGUGGUUUUUAUGGAUGAAAGUAAAUUACCAUCAUUGGAUUUGCCAUCUAUCGUGAUGAUCGGAGGAGAUUCAUCUUCCAUUGAUGGAGUUUCUUCAUCAUCCAAUUCUUCAUCACCUAAUCAACCAAUGAUUGUAUUGAGUCAUACGGAUAAUCGUCAUCAGAGAAUUACCUCUAUGCAAUUUAAUUCAAUGAAGGCUAUUCAGGAGCAUAUGGGUAUUUUAGAAGAUGAUGGAGAGGAUGAAGAUUCGAAUACAGAUUCAUCAACUAAUAGUAGUAUUACUAGUAGUCAGGGACAAACCGCAAUUAGUACAAAAUCAAAUAAUAUUCAUUCAACAUCAUCUCCGAGUAGAUAUGAAAGCAGUCUUUCACCACCAUCCUCACCACAAACAUCAUCCUCACCUAAAAUGUCAUCUCCACUGACAGGUUUAUUAAAAUUGGCAUUGAGAAAGAAGAAUUCAAAAUCUACCUCACCAUCCACUUCAAGUGAUAAUGUUUCCAAUUCUUCGUCAAUGAGUACGAGCACAUCAUUAUCAGAAAAGAAAAAGAAAAAGAAGGAGAAUCAUCACAAAAUUGAUCUCAAUGACUAUCUCUUUACAUACGAGAAGGUCAUUAGUAAUGGAGAAACAAGUCAACUCUUUCUCAAGUUUUUGACAAUGAAGAAAACUUCUGAAAGCUUACUUUUCGUACUGAAAUUUAGAGAACUGAAAUCAGCAUUUAAGUCAAUAAGCGAUCAAGCCAGUGACAAGCAGGAACAAUAUAGAAAUACUCUGAAAACAAUCGAGGAAUUAUACAAGUGCUUCUUUGCAUUUGAUUCUUCUAUGGAAUUGAAUUUACCACUCAAUUUACAUGAGCCAACCACAAAGAUAAUGGAAGAAUACGAAUCCAAGAGAGAAAAACUUGCAGAUGAUGAAAUUGUUUCAAUCAUUUCUAAUAUUUUGAGCGAGUUUAAAAAAAUCGAGAGCUAUUUAAAUUUGAAUUUGAAAGAGUGUCAAUUUUUGGAAUUUUUGGAAUGGGAAAAGUUUAGAAAAUUUAUUACCAAUAAGGGGUCGAUACAUUUAGCAGAGAUUGCAGAAAUGAAACCUUUCUCUCAUACAUCAUUUGUUGAAAGUUUAGUGACAGAAAUGAGCAAACCAAGAAUUACUGUCAAACAAGCAAAACAGAUCAAACAUCUAGUGGUAAAGAACACAUCUAUAUGGACACCAAUUAUAACAGAAUCCAAUUAUAUAGUGUCAUUAUCCAACAAUCAAUACUUACUAGGCGAGGAAGAGUCAAACUCUUCUAAUAAGGGUGUUUAUUUUUUCAAGUAUGAGAUUACAUUCCCAUAUCCAAAACAAGCUGUCAUCAACACACUUCUCAGCUCAAAGCUCAGAUUCAAGUUUGAUAAGAAUACUAAAAUGCUUUCAAAGAUUGAUUAUUUCCCUAAAGAAGAUAACGAAAAUCUGGCAACUUGCAUCUCACAAGAGGUUUAUGAUUUUCCUUUCCCUUUCCAAUCAAGAGAAAUGGUUCUUGCCUGUGCUGUAUUCAAUGAUUUGACCGAUAAUUCAACCAUGUUAUGUCUGAGGUCGUGUGAAAGUGAUAAAGCUGUCAAGCUCAAAAAAACUGUCAAGGCAAAGAAUGUUGGCUGUUGGAUUUUCCAAGAUUUGAAUGGAACUCACACUAGAUAUAUACAAUUCGUUGGAGCUGAUUUCAAAGGUUUUCUACCACCAAAACUAGUUAAAUCAAACGUUGCUAAACGUGCCAAGUAUUACUAUGCAGAUAGUUUGAAAAUGUUCGAACAUCCAGAAGACGAUUUCAAGGAGCCACAGGAUGAUCCUCUUUAUUCUGGUUUUAUGGAUACACUCAAGGAAAAUGGUGGGUUAUCUAUUUGA